AUGGGUGUUCAGCUGGAAGGAAACGGCUCUGGGGAAGCGCCCAUGAACCCAGAGCUGGCGGUUCCUCUGUUCGUAGUCGGCGGGCUUGUCGCUAUCUUGUUCGUCUGGAGAACCGUCAUCCGGAUUAGACACCGUCGUCGGUCAAAAUUGGCCCUGCAGAUGGAUGACCAGAGGGAGCUGGAGCGAACGAAUCCUGUCAAUGCGAGUCUCAAGAAGCAUGUGCUCUAUGCACCGCUUUUUGGGACUCGUCACAGUCGCGAGUUCCGGUUCCUGAGACUCCACAUGGGAUCGGUCCCCUUGCGGCUGGAGACGAUCUUCUUGCUGAUCUACCUCGCCUUGAACCUGAUCUUCGUCGUUGUGACUGUUGAUUGGGGGCAGGAUUUCUCCAAGAAGAUGUUCCAGCUGAAGUAUGCGGCGGGUCAUUUGGCAGUCAUGAACACGCCCGGUCUGGUACUGAGUGCGGGGCGGAACAAUCUUUUGGUGCCUCUGCUUGGACUGUCCUUUGACACUUUCAACUUCAUGCAUCGCUGGGUCGGACGUGUCAUUGCAGCCAAUGCUAUCGUUCAUAUGGGCGCCGUUCUGGCAAACCAAGCUUACUUGAACGGCACGGAUUAUAUCCUAUACUCUAUCUGGCAGAUGCCCUUUUACAUUUAUGGCCUUGUCUCACUCCUCGGAUUCGUUUUCAUAUUCUUCCAAUCGUUGUCGCCGGUUCGACACUAUUUCUAUGAACUUUUCCUUCACUUGCACAUUGCCCUGGCCAUCAUGUCAUUCGUUGCUCUAUGGUACCACCUUAAGAAUCUACUUCAACAGCGAGUUCUCCUCGGUACUUUGAUCCUCUGGGGUCUCGAUCGAGUCGGCCGUCUUGGAAUUCUCAUUUGGAGAAAUUGCGCCAAGCGACGUACAACAGCCACUGUGGAAGUCCUGCCGGGAUCCGUGGCUCGCGUUGAUGUGGGUGUCUCCCGGGCCUGGAACUUCCGUCCCGGCCAGUACAUGUAUCUCUACAUGCCUUGUCUGGGGCUGUGGACAUCACAUCCCUUUACGGUCGCUUGGAAAUCUAUGAGCGAGCAGUCUCUGAACGAGAAUGAAAAGAGCAGCUCCAGUGACUCCUUCGCUGCUCUUCUUGAGGGCUCGCAGACGACGACCAUGUCGAUUCUCAUCAAAGGCCAGGAUGGAUUUACCAAGAAGCUUCUGCAGAAGGCUGAGGAUUCACCCGAUGGCCGUAUCAAGGCCAUGGCACUAGCCGAGGGGCCAUUCGGCGGUAUUCACUCACUCGCGUCGUACGGCACUUUGUUGUUAGUCGCCGGAGGAAUCGGCAUCACGCAUCCGAUGUCAUAUUUGCACGAGGUUGUUUCGAACUUCUCCAAGAAGACUGCAACCCGCAAGGUGCAUCUGGUCUGGAUUAUUCGAAGCUUAGAUCACCUGGCAUGGAUCCACACAUGGAUGCUAGAUAUCUUGAGCCAUGACGCUAUCAACAGCACCAUCAACCCCAAGGGAAACACGUACUUCCAAUUCCCCGGCUUAAUGCUUUCGAUCCGCAUCCAUAUAACCGGCCACAAAGACAAUGUGGAAGAAUUUAUCCCCCCGCUCGAUACCCCAUGGACAGAAUGUGCCCCCGCCAAUGUCCCCGUGAGUGUUGUCCACGGCAAGCCGUGCUUCAAGACAUUACUGGAGAACGAAAAGGCCGAGCAGGUCGGUGCACUGGCAGUCAGUGUAUGCGGUCCCGGUGGACUGGGUGACAGUGUUCGUGAAGCUGUGCGAGAGGUGCAGGGAGAGAAGACGGUGGAUUUGUUCGAAGAGGCGUUUUCGUGGUGA